GCGGGAGCGGCCCGUGAGGGGAUUGUGAGGCGGCGGUUGAGGCGGCUGAGGCGGCGGCGGCGGUUUCUUGGUCCGGGCUUCGGGCAGCCGGGUCGGGAUGAGCGUCGUGACGGGGACGCCCGCGGUGGUGUCCGUGUCCAUCAGCAGCAGCCUCAACUCCUUCCGGGCCCUCAAGAGAUACGCCCGGGGGCUCACCCUCGCCGAGUUCAAGGUGAGGGGACGUGAGGACGCGCGGACACGUGUCGAGAAAGAACGCGUGUUCUUCAGCCGAAGGGGGUGGAGACCCGCCUCCCCCGUUAAAAGGAGGGCUGCUAAGGAGCUCCCCCUGCCAAAGAAACGGACAGUAUUAUUAUUAUUGGGGGCUGCGCAAAACGUGCUCGGGGCGAUCCUUAAGAAACGAUCCAUCUUUAGCAGGAUGAAAACAUCCUAUACCCUUUUUUAAAAUGCUGGCUCUUUGGGGGGGGAGGUUAUUGGGUUGCUGGUUUUAUGGCUUUGAUAUUUUAUGCGAACCGCCGUGAGACCUUCGGGUAUAGGGCCGUAUAGAAAUGAAAUUAAUUAAUUAAACAAACAAUAAUAAUAAGUAGCCAGAGGGUUCUUCUCUGCGCCAUCAUGUACCUAAAAGAUGUACUGGAAACAGGCAGGGCUAUUAUUGCAGCAAAAAAAGGCACGGCCAAUGCCGGAUUUAUGUAUAAGCUAAACAAGCUAUAGCUUAGGGCCCCCCAAAAAUUUUAAGGGGAAAAAAAGCUGGAUGUACAUUUCCAGAAUAUCAGAUAAAAAACAAAUAACAUAAAAACUACAUACAGCAGCAGUGUUUUGUGUUGUGUAAGCUCCUAUUUUGUGAUGUGCAAAUGGCUUUGGAGACCUGUGAGGUCCAUCAAUGACCAUCUAGCAUAUAUUCAACACAAAAAACAGCGACAAUUUGUUGCUGGCAAAGGACAGCUGGACAUAGAAAGGGCCCCAUUACCUUCAGGAGCUGAGGGCCGCAUCAAACCUCAAUCCGGCCCUGACAGCACCUCACCUGCCCUUUCAUGAAAAGCAGACAUGGAUGGGAUCCACCUCCAAAUAAUAAUAAUUAUGGCCCUCCCCUCGCAGAAAGGGAACCGAAUUAUGACCCUUUGGGAAAUUGCCUUGGGGGGGGGGUCCUGGUCCAGAUGCUACCCAGGCCGCCUGCCUCUUUUCCUCUGCUCUGUGUUUCUCCAUACUGGAAAAUGGGCCACCGUUUUGUUUUUUUGUAAGCAAGCUGUUCACUGCAAACAGCCUUCCCAGGGGAGCCUCUUUUCCACUAAAAAGUGGGGUGGGGGUAUCAAAGGAGGAUCCGUACUCCUCCCCCCAAGAUGAGCUGGAUUCCACACACCCCAGGGCACAGUUCAGAGGGGUGCGUCCCCCUCUCAGAAAUGGACUUAGAGUAAUCUGAAUUCCUCACAUCCCACCAGAGACUGAAUUUGGACUCUUCCCCCCCCCCCUUCCUCCAGGAGCUUUCCAUCUCCUGCCCCCCCCCAAAGAAAGUUCUGGCCUUUACAACGUAAUUGGGGAUUCUCAAAACAGUUGAGUUUGGCACAGACUCCUCCAUUCUGCCCUUUGUAAUUCCAAACAAAGGUGCAUUUCCGGGAGGAAUUAGUGCCGAGGGCAUUAAAAAUAUUGAGGGUCCCUGCAGUCCCACCAAUUUGGGGGUGGGGGUGUGUGCUGAGACCACUUUAAUGCGUCUGUCCCUGUUGUCUUUGUCCCACUUGGCGUGGCUCAGGGCUCCCCUUGCUGCCGCCAGGAGCAUCAUCCGAAUUGCUUGCUGCGUUGCUCUGGCCUGCCGCCUGGCCUGUUCGCACAGCGGCACCUGCGGGCUCCCCAGAGAGGAAGCUGGCAUGGACGGGGUGGUGCCCUGUCCUGGGGUAAGCGACUCCUGCGCUGCUGGCCGUGGCGUGGCCUGUUUGCUUCCACGCCGAAUGGGUUUGCAGUGGCAGCAGGGUUGCUGCAGGCGCGUGUGAUGGUGUACCAAAGGAAUGCAGAGAGCUGCGGCUGCUUGUUAGAGGUCUUGCACGUUGAGGUAGAUUUCCGCGCUGCCCAUCCAGCGCCAAACGAGAGGGUUUUUCCUUGUGGGAGAAUCGGCUCCCUCUACUUUGACAUUUCAGGGGGAAUGUGGGUUUAGGCUUUGCAGCUAGAUUUUUAGCUGCAUGGCAUGCCCUUUACACCCGUUGCAUGCGGGCACAGAUGGUCGUUGGACUUGCCUCCUGCUCUUGCUUGGAAAGCUGGUGCUUUCUUCCACCCAUCUGCCCCCCCAUCCCAGGGGGGGAAAACCCUUAUAUUUGCUUGCUUCAAGUUCCAAACUUGCUUGUCUUUGCUUCUGCCUUUUUUGGGGGGGUGUCCUUAGCAGAACAUCACUCGACCCCGUUUUGAGCUCUGGUCCCCAGCAAACAGGCCUGUGUCAACAAUAACAAAAAUCCUUUUGUGCCACACAUCCAAACUGGGAUUAACGGCAGCUUGGCAACUGGCGACCCGUGCCCAGCUGAGUGAGCCGGCCAACCAGCUCUCUUUUUCUCUCCCCCUCCCCACCCCCAUGGCUGCAGCGUGUGGCCUUGUGCCAAAUUCUGCCUUUUGUUUCCCACCAGCAUCUCUUUUUCUGCCCUGGCAGUGAGAAACAACCUCAACAAUUUAAGGAUGGAGCUUCUUCACGCUUUCCCCUCCCUCCACUCAGAUGCUGUUUUGCAGUCCCCACCUAUGUCAGGAAUGUCACUAUCCCCUACAUAGCACCCUGAGCUGGGAGCUGUGCAGGCUGCAUCACAGAGGGGAGACCUUUUCUUGCUCAGAGGUGUAGAGCCUUGGUCAGCAACUAGUUUCUCUGCAGAGCCAUUUUGUGAAGUAAUUGAGGGGUUGGGUGGGCAACCCCGCCCCCUAAAGUGCCUGGCCUGCACACUCUGUUGCCACUGGCACCUCUUUGUCUCUCUCUCUUUUGAGCUUCAGAUUGACAACUGGCAGGCCAGAAAGCAUUUUCCGUACAGCCAGGUUAGACGGAAGCAAAUUUGUUGCUGGCCUUAGCUUUACAGGCCCCACUCAGAUGCCUUGACGUAGCCCCAUCACUAGAGGUCACAAACACGACUGGCCCCAUUAGUGUUACGUUACUGUUGUGGUUCGUCUUGCACGGAGCGAGGGGUGGGGUAUUUCACAUCAUCUGUUGCCUGUGAUAAAUACUCUUCUUCCCCUUCUGCCCGGUGCUUCUGUCUGAACAGUGUAAGCUGGAACUGGUUGUGGGAAGUCCGGCAUCAUGCAUGGACCUCGAGCUCUAUACUCCGGACGACAAGUUUGUGAUGAAACUCGACAGCGACGAGGCCUUGCUGGGGUCUUACCCCAUCGACGACGGGUGCAGGAUUCAUGUGAGUGUUGGGCUGGUUCUUCCCUGGAUCAAAAGGCUCUCCUCAUAAUACUUUUGCUAUUGCAAGAAACUGGGGGAAGCUGUCCUGGGGCCUGGACCGCAUGAGGGCCUCUUACGCUUCUGAUAAGAAGCCACCUUCUGAUUUCUGUUGUUGUCCCUCUGUUUCCCCCUAUUAUUUAUAUAGCAGCAUCAAUGUGCUGUCAGACAUGUGCCGUCAAGGGCCUACUCUCCCCUUAUAGUACCGUUCCCCAAAGCUGGGGAUGGCAGAGGCCCUGCUGAGAUUCCACUGCCAAGUAAAAGCUUUUCACUUCUUCCAUGUACUGGCAAUAAAUUUGUGAAUGCCGCCAUUGCUGUAGGUCUUCUAUGCUGCUGUGUACACUAACCCGUUUUUAGAAAUGAUAGGUUUAUUCAGUGUGUUUUUAGGUGCUUGCUGUAUGUUUUAAUAUGUUGGCAACCCCCCUGUGAUUAGAAUGAUGUGAUGAAGGGCGGUCUACUGGUGUUGCUAGUAGAUGUUAAUAUACAAAAUUUUAAAAAUACCAUUCUCUGUAAAGAAUGGGAGGACAGGUCCCUGCCACAUGGGGGGGGGGGACAAUAAGCAUUUAUUUCAGUUGCAUGCACUUGGUCCUAUUUGCAGUAGGUUAUGGAGAUUACUGGGUUCUGCCAAAGGAUUUGUGAGUGGGUGACGAAAGUGAGGUUCCCUUGCUACUGAAAUGUAGGUUGCACAUUCCAUGGGAAUGGGGACCUGCUUUCUUCCAUUGCUUAAUGUCGCUCUGAACAGCAUUAUUAUGCACAUUGGUGCCACACUGCAAAUAACUAAAUUAUGUGACCUAUUGAUUUUUGGAGUGUUUUCCAUAGUGGGGUCUAUUCCUAGUAGUAACUGUGUCACUGUGUUCUAUAUAUAAAUUUAAUCCUUAUUAAAAAAAAGAUGGAAUGACACAUGCGGCACAUGGCCAUCUGUGAACUAGAACUUAGAGCCCCUUUGCAAUUGGUAUCAACAAAUGCCUUAAAAAAAAAAAAAAGCUUAGAAAUUGCUCUUUUGCUUCUGCCUUAAAAAAAUAAAUAAAAUGACUAUGUUUUGGGGGCCUGUAGGUUAUUGACAGGAGCGGUGCAACCAUCGGGGAAUACGAAAAUGUGUCAAAGGUAGAGAAGUUUGAGAUAACCGAUGCUGAAUAUGACAAGCGAACAGGUGAGAGCUGAUGGCAGUGUCCCAAAUUAAUCUGUGUUUGAAAGAAAAGAGUCUAUCUAAUCCCAUGAGUUGUAUCUUAGGUUCUUGAAACUGGCUCCUAAUUUGUGUGUUGGGUUCCAGCUGCUCACAUUCUUGGAUCGCUUCGAAAGAGGUUGAGACAAACCGCUUCUGGUGCAACGGGACACUGUCACAAGUGCCAGAGCGCAUGGAAAUGCUGUUUACCUUCCCGCUGCAGUGGUACCUAUUAAUCUACUUGUACUGGUAAGCUUUCGAACUGCUGGGUUCGCAGAAGCUAGGACAGAGCAACAGGAGCUCACCGCGCCACAGGGAUUUGAACUGCUGACUGAUUGAAAGGUUGGCAGUUCAAAUCCGUGCAACAGGGUGAGCUCCUGUUCCUCUAUCCCAGCUUUGGCCAACCUAGCAGUUCGAAAGCAUGACGUGAUUAGAUAAAUAGGUACCGGUGUGGCAGGAAGGUAAAUGGCAUUUCCGUGUGCUCUGGCACUCGUCACGGUCCUCCAUGUGCCAGUAGCGGUUUAGUCCUGCUGGCCACAUGACCCAGAAAACUGUCUAUGGUCAAACGUCGGCUCCCUCGGCCUGGAGAGUGAUGAGCGCCACAACCCCAUAGUCGCCUUUGACUGGACUUAACAGACCAGGGUUCCUUUACCUUCACCUUGCCUGGAGAAGAGAGGACUGAUAGCAUAGCCAUUUCCAAAUAUCUAAAGGGUUGUCACUUGGAAGAGGGAACAAGCUUGUUUUAUGUUACUACAGAGGGCAGGACUCGAACCAAUAGAUUCAAGCUACAAGAAAGGUGAUUCCAACUAAACAUCAGGAAGAACUUUCUGACAGUAAGAGUCGUUGGAAUGGCCUCCCUCGGGAGCUGGUGGACUCUCCUUCGUUGGAGGCUUUUAAGCAGAGGUUGGGUGGCCAUCUGUCAUGGGUGCUUGAGCUGAGAUUCCUGAAUUGCAGGGGGUUGGACUGGAUGACCCUCAAGAUCCCUUCCAACUGUACAGUUCUGUGACGACGACGACAACAACAACAACAACAACAACAACAACAACAACAACAAUUUAUUAUUUGUACCCCGCCCAUCUGGCUGGGUUUCCCCAGCCACUCUGGGCGGCUUCCAACAAAGAUUAAAAAUACAUUAAAAUGUCACACAUUAAAAACUUCCCUGAACAGAUGUCUUCUAAAUGUCAGGUAGUUGUUUAUUUCCUUGACAUCUGAUGGGAGGGCGUUCCACAGGGCGGGCGCCACUACCAAGAAGGCCCUCUGCCUGGUUCCCUGUAGCUUUGCUUCUCGCAGUGAGGGAACCGCCAGAGGGCCCUUGGCGCUGGACCUCAGUGUCCGGGCAGAACGAUGGGGGUGGAGACGCUCCUUCAGGUAUCCUGGGCUGAGGCUGUUUAGGGUUUUAAAGGUCAACACCAACACUUUGAAUUGUGCUCGGAGACGUACUGGGAGCCAAUGUAGGUCUUUCAAGACUGGUGUUAUGGGGUCUCUAAGAUUCCAUGUCUUGUGGCAAUGCUGAGAAUCUCAAGUAAGGAGAGUGCCGUUGUGCUCAGGCCCUGCUUGUGAACUUCCCGUUCAGGUUGGCCACACUGAGAACAGGCUGCUGGGCCAGAAAGACCUUUGUUCCUUUGCUUGAGUGAACUAAUUCAUAGAGGGCUCAGCAGUACCAUUGUAGAUGGCCUUGUUUCAGUCCAAGUGUUUCUUGAGGGAGCCCGGCUUCUUGUUUGCUGCUUGAAGAGAAGCGAGUUUACUCCUCUUGAACAAUUCCCGCCUCUCUCUGUGUCCUGCAGAUACAGCACGCUCCUUCAUGAAAACAAGUAAGCUGGGGCAGUACAAUGCGGAAGAAAUGAUGAAGAGGGAGGCCGAGAGGGAGCAGAAGCUGCUGGAAGAGAAGGCCCUGGCGGAAGCCAUUUCCGUGGGGUCGAGGUGUGAGGUGCGGGCAGCGGGGCAGCCCAACAAGCGGGGGACAGUGAUGUACGUUGGUGAGUACCUGGGCGCAUGUCCCUACGUCCUGCCCUGUAGAAGAGAAUCACUUUGUAAGGAUUGGAUAUGGGGGGGACAUUUAAAAUACGGUGCAGAAACCAGUGUGAGAAGCAGUUUGAAGUCUUAUUUGGUUUUGCUUUAUAAUCCGGGUGAAGAAUUCUGUAACGCAUUUGGCACCACUGGGGAGAUGAGUUGAUUAGCACACGGUGCUGAGAAGGCCAAGGCUGCAGGUUGAUCCCCCUAUGGGACAGCUGCAUAUUCCUGCAUUGCAGGGGUUGGACUAGAUUUGCUGGAUCAAUCCAUCAACUUCUGGUGGAUGAUUUAGUAGGAGUCCGUCUGGCAUCACUUUUGCUGUGUGUGUGUGUCACUAUCCACACUCAGCAGAGUUACAUCUCAACGCAGCUCCAUCCUUGGAAGCGUCUUCAGGGUUGAACGUUCACACAUUAGGCAAUAAACAUUCAUGGCCGCCAUAAAGAUUCGGUCAAGUGUAGAAGUUUACCUGACAGGCUAGCAAAUAUAUACAGACAUUCGCCACUGCCAGGGUCAAGGCAUGCUUAGAGUCCCACCAGAGUCCAAUACACUCUUUCUCUGCUUCUUUUUUUUAUACAAUAAUUUAUAUUAGUUUUCAAUUACAACAAUCCAGUCAUUAUAACAAUGCCAUAUUAUAAUACAAUUAAUAAUACCAAUCAUUGAGAUGCCAAAUUACACAAUUUAGGUGGCCCCCGCGUGCUAGAAUUUAUGGUUUGAUGGUUUCCUUUAUUUCUGCGUUCCAAAGUCUUAUAAAUUUCAAUUACGCUCCAGUCCAGAUACCAGUUCCUUAUAUCGCAGCUGCAAUUUUAAUGAUUUCCAUUUGUAUUGACCCACUGAAUAAUUUCUGCACCUGCAGAUGAAGCAUUCAAACUCUCUCCUUCCUGUAUAUUUCUUCCUUGUAAUAUAUUAUGUCUAUCUUUUGUCAGUUGCUGUUGUUCUCCAGCAUGCCUUGGACGGUGCUAGUGUCCCAUUGUUCAGAAGAUCUCCAUUGUUUUACAACUACAAAAGUCACACUGUCCUAAUAGGUUUCCAGUUUUCUCCAUCUUUUUCUCAGCCUGGGAGGGAGAGCAAGCUGUCAAGGGUUGCCAUCUUUCAAACAGUGAAAAUCUGGACAGAAGAGUUGUUGAGGUUGUGUUUUCUUUGCAAAAAUAAUAAAUUGCCAUUUUUUAGCCAUUUUCCUGGGAAAUCGGAAAAAACGGCACUGCUGACAUGGGCUGGAUUCUCCCAGACACCUCACCAAUUUCCACCUGGAGGCUGCUAGAGACAACAGUAUUCCGGAUAUGUCUGGUCAAUUCCAGACCUAUGGUAACCCUGUGUAGAGUUGGAAGGGGUCACCUAGUCCAAUCACAUCCAGUGCUCUCUCUGCUUCUCUUAACUGCAAGAGACAAGUUACAAGUUACACAGGACCAUUGUUAACAGUACUUCCUGUCACACUGCGCAUAUCCAAAGAACAGUUCCCACAGAAAGUGUCCUUGCAUACACAAAAAAAACUCCAGCCUUCUGCUGCUUCUUGAAGCUUUUUCUCUGUUCUUCUCUGUUUCUGGAACAAAUGAUUCUCUCACACAGAGAGAGAGAAUAUCCAACAUAGAAGACCCUCAGGGUCCCUUCCAGCUCUUAUGAUUCUAUGAAAUUUGAUGGUGCUUUUCAGCUUGAACAAGGAUUAUGAGUGUUCCUCCCUCCUUGCAAAAACAGAUAAGCUGCUUCAAGUUCCAGUAAGACUUAUAGUCCAAAGCAUGCUUCAAUAAUUAUUAUUAUUAUUAUUAUUAUUAUUAUUAUUAUUAUUAUUUACUUAUACCCUGCCCAUCUGGCUGGGUUUCCCCAGCCACUCUGGGAGGCUUCCAACAGAAUAUCAAAAUACAAUACAGUGGUACCCCUGGUUGCGAACGGGAUCCGUUCCGGAGGCCCAUUCGCAACAUGUAAAGAACGCAACCUGCAGUGGCGUGUCUGCGCAUGUGCGGGUUGCGCUUUGCCGCUUCUGUGCAUGCGUGUGACAUCAUUUUGUGUGUCUGCGCAAGCGGCGAAACCCAGAAGGAACCCUUUCUGGUAUUUCCGGGUUGCCACGGGAUGUAACCUGAAAGAACGUAGCAUGAAGCGGACGUAACAUGAGGUAUGACUGUAGUCUAUUAAACAUUAAAAGCUUCCCUAAACAGGGCUGCCUUCAGGUGUCUUCUAAAAGUCUGGUAGUUGUGCACUUGUGCCUGACUUAGGAUUGUAAGCUUUCCCCCUUUCCUUUCUCCUCCAUAGGCUUAACGGAGUUCAAGCCCGGCUACUGGGUCGGCAUCAAGUAUGAUGAGCCUGUGGGGAAGCACGACGGAAGGUAAAGCUCUCCCUCCACCUGACGUCUCUUGCGGGGCAGUCCUGCCUGGCCUGGGCCCCCAAAGUGGGUCAUCAUGGGAUCUGGGGGGCUCAGGCGGCUUCAUAGCUUCACGUUGAAGCAUCAGCGUGUUCCCACCUUAACUUCUGGCACAUUGUCGGCACGUGUUUUAGGUCUACGUCUAAAGGCAGUCCGCAGCUUCUUAACAGGAAUACGGCUUGGGAAGGAGGAAAGUGCAGAAUGUUGUAUAGGGUACAGAAUUCUGCCAGAGGGGUGACUGAAUAACAUUUCCAGCGGUUGGGGGUAGAAUGUCAGAGCACCGCAUGGUUCCCACCCCUCCUUAAUAGCCAGCAAAACAAAAAGAAACGUUUUUUGAAACGUAAAAUAAUAAUAUUAAUAAUUUUAUUAUUUAUAUGCUGGUCAUCUGACUUGGUUUCCCCUGCCACUCUGGGCGGCUCACAACAAAAUAUCAAAAACACAGUAAAACUUCAGCCUUCCCUGAGCAGGACUGCCUUCAGAUGUCUUCUAAAAGUCAAAUACAGUGGUACCUUGGUUUACGAACUUAAUCUGUUCCGGAAGUCCCUUCUUAAACCAAAGCAUUCUUAAACCAAAGCGUGCUUUCCCAUAGCAGCGGGGGACUCAAUUUGCAAAUGGAACACACACAACAGGAAGUGAAACAUGUUCUGCUUCCAAGGCAAAGUUCACAAACCAAAGCACCUACUUCCGGGCUUGCAGCGUUCUUAAUCCAAGUUGUUCAUAAACUAAGCUGUUCUUAAACCAUGGUACCACUGUAGUUGUUUUAAAGAUUUUUAAAAUGGCAGGAGCAGGAUAAAUAACGCAGAGCAAGAAACUGUGCAAAACAGGCAACUCCUGUUACAGAAUGUAGAUUGCAGAAGUGUUCCUUUUUAAAAAGUCAGCGGCAUGUCUGAGGAUCGGGGCUUAAGCCGCCUCUUGACCAGCUGGGCUUCUCCUCAGACUGCUAUCCCUGGAAACCCCCCCCCCCGCCUGAGUGUGACUCUCUUCUCUCCUGCUCUUCCUCUCCUUGGCAGCGUCAACGGAAAGCAGUACUUUGAGUGCCAGCUCAAGUACGGGGCCUUCGUGAAGCCUCGCUUUGUCACCGUGGGGGAUUUCCCGGAAGAGGUGGACUACGGCCUGGACGAUGAGAUGUGACGGGGAGACGAAGAGGUGCAGGGGUGGCUGAAGGAAGCAGAGCGGGUCGCCAUGCGGCCUCUGUUAAUGGCUGGCUGUUGCGCUCUGAUCCCAUGCGCGAGGUCACUUGAGCAAGCCAAAGGGAGAAGGCGCGAAAAGCCGCUGUGUGUUCUUCGACUUGUGUUGGUGGUUUCCUCCCCACUUCCCUUUCCCCUGGUUGUCUCUUGUCUGUUCCGUGAAGAUGCUAUAUCCCCUUGGUUUUUCUCAUGUUUACACCCUUCUGUGCCAGCUCAGUUAGCCCAGAGAAAACUGGAGUGUCCUUGCCUUGUUGCAGCAAUCCUCGAAGGGGUGAGGCCUGGGGGUGGCAGCAAAGUCGCUCCUGAUUCCCCCACCCCAGUAGUAAGGCCUGCUGGUUGCAGAAGCAGUUAGUUGAGCAGGUUGAAAAGAGAACCUCUGAGCAGAUUUGUACAAGACCCUUCCUGCUUUUUUUAAAAAAAGUAAACGCAGACAUUUCUAUGACCAUGUAUUUUUUUCCCCCAUUGUGAAAACUUUUUUUGUGCUACUGGCCGAUGCUAUGUGAAUACGAUAAAUUAAAAAAAGUUGGUGGGAAAAUACAUUCCAGACACG